UUUAUUCGACAGAAAUGAGUACAUGCAGUACUAAGCAAGGUUUUGAAUUCGAAGAGGUAAAUAUUAAGUCUUGUAGUUCAAUUCUGAAUCCAGGCAGAGAAUGGGAACGCUUUUUUUCUUACAUGCAACAGUGUGGUUAUCCGUGUCAACCGGCGAAUCGACGACGGGAAGGUGGAAACGCGUGACACAGCCGAUCACAUCGCUUCGGCAGGCUUCGGAUUGCCGUGGACGAAUCGAUGGAUGGGAUUUUCCGUGUCGGAGUGGCUACCCUGGUCUGCCUUGCAGGGAUCAGGGUGUUAGGAGAAGGGCCGUGUAUUCCUCCGAAAUUACCGCAAGAUCGUUUUUGCAAGAAAAGGUUUUGAAAAUUGGGGCGCCGAACGAGAAUCGAGCACCCCGGCCUUUGCGUCCCUGGCAGUGA